UUUUUAAGAGAUAAUACGCUAGAGUUUUCUCUAAAGCCUUGCAUUGAUUUGAUUCUGUCAUCAAUUCAAGAGCCUUGCAUCGAAUUUGAUUGAACUCUUCGAUUCAAGAAGUCAGGUCUCUAGAAAUUUUAACCUAUAUUUCUAGAUUGAGCUGAAUCACCGUUGAUACGCUGCGCCAAGUGUGGCCAAAAGUACAUGCGCUGGUAUCUGUAAACCAGAGAGCACUAUUCAAAAAUCACAAUUUUCUCCUUCCAGUCUACACCCUGAAAUUAAUAAGCAGAGAUUUUCACACUUUUUGGUUUUGUUCCACCACACAGUCAUCACCGCACAGAGAUUUUCACACUUAAAAUCGCUAAAUCUUCACUCUCUCCUACAAAAUCCGAAGAUUUUCUAUUGCUAUGCAUUUCUCAUAGUAAAUUCUCGAUUUCUUCUUCUUCUUCUUCUUCUUCUUCUUCUUCUUCUUCUUCUUCUUCACUUCCAUAUACAUCUCAAGAUACACAAAUACUUACUUGGCUUCUAGUUACAACCCUUGAAUUUGAUUAGAUAUAUCAUAUGAUAAGCUGAGAGGAAUUAGAGAAGAUCGAUCUAACUCUUUUGAUUUUGAAUCUAAAAAAAACUUGUCUAAAUCGCUGAUUUGGGGUUUCGAAUUGUGGAGAGUUUAAUCUGUUAAAGAUGCGGCGACGGGCUGCCGAGUACCGGCGCCCGGUAAGAAGGAGGUUUUCAUAUUGGAUCUGGGGACUUCUUGGAUUAUUCUCUAUUGCAGCUUUAGUUAUGUUUGUUAUUCAUCAUAAGCAUGAAGAUCGGAUUGAACCACCAAAAAAUACAAGCAUUGUGAGAGAACAGUUUCCCCGUGAAGGUUUAAACUUUACUGAAGAAAUAUUAAGUGUGACUUCGUUUGCAAGGCAGUUGAGCGAUCAAAUGACUCUGGCCAAGGCUUAUGUUAUUAUUGCAAAAGAACACAACAAUCUUCAGCUUGCUUGGGAUCUCAGCUCCAAAAUCAGAAAUUGUCAACUAUUACUUUCAAAAGCUGCCAUGAGAGAGCAACCCAUCACACUUGAUGAAGCAAAGCCUCUUGUUAAAGGCCUAUCAUCACUGAUCUAUAAAGCACAAGAUGCCCAUUAUGAUAUUGCAACCACGAUUAUGACGAUGAAGUCUCACAUCCAAGCCAUUGAAGAACGUGCAAAUGCUGCAACAGUACAAAGUACAGCUUUUGGGCAGUUGGCUGCAGAAAUGCUACCCAAGAAUCUUCACUGCAUGAAUAUCAAGCUCACAGCUGAUUGGCAUGGGAACCCUGUCUUAAGGGAAAUUGCUGGAGAAAAGAAAAACUCCCCUCGGGUCGUGGAUAAUAAUCUCUAUCACUUCUGUAUUUUCUCAGAUAAUUUCCUUGCAACUUCAGCUGUCAUGAACUCCACUGUUUCCAACGCAGACCAUCCAAAGCAACUUGUUUUCCAUAUCAUCACAGAUGGAAUCAGUUAUGGAUCGAUGCAAACAUGGUUUAUUGAGAACGAUUUCAAGGGUGCCGCUAUUGAAAUCCAGAACAUAGAGGAGUUUUCUUGGUUGAAUGUCUCCUACUCCCCUGUGGUGAAACAGCUCCUUAAUCAAGAGGUUCGUGCCUACUAUUUUGGUUCGUCUGAGGAUCCAAAAAGUGAUGCAAAGUUUCGAAAUCCGAAAUACCUCUCUUUGCUGAACCAUUUGCGGUUUUAUAUCCCUGAGAUAUACCCAUCGCUCGAGAAGGUGGUCUUCCUAGAUGAUGAUAUCAUUGUUCAGAAGGAUCUGACUCCUCUUUUCUCUUUGGAUUUACAUGGAAACGUGAAUGGUGCAGUGGAAACUUGUCUCGAGGCAUUCCAUCGGUACUAUAAAUAUCUCAACUUUUCCAACCCAAUUAUCAGCUCAAAAUUUGACCCACAGGCCUGUGGAUGGGCAUUUGGAAUGAAUGUCUUUGAUUUGAUCGCAUGGAAAAAAGCGAAUGUUACCCAGCGGUAUCACUACUGGCAGGAGCAGAAUAAUGAUCGAAAUCUUUGGAAGCUUGGUACCCUUCCUCCAGGUCUUCUGACAUUUUAUGGAUUGACAGAGCCACUUGAUAGGAGAUGGCAUGUAUUAGGGUUAGGUUUCGAUACGAAUAUUGAUAACCGCCUAAUUGAAAGCGCAGCAGUCAUUCAUUAUAAUGGGAACAUGAAGCCAUGGUUGAAGCUGGCUAUUGGCAGGUAUAAGCCUCUGUGGGAACGGUACGUAAAUCAUACCCACCCAUACGUUCAAAAUUGUGUUACAAGCUAAAACUGCACAUACUAUACCUUCAGGGUUUAUCGUGGUGCAAUUGGUCUUGCCCAAAAUGCCAAAUUCUCAGUCAUACAGAAGCAAAGAAAAAGGCAAAAGUGGAUUCUUUUGGUCUGGUUGUAUAUGCCUGUCCUUUACUUCUUUGCUUUAAAACGGGUCAUCAAUUAUUUUUCUUCUUAUAUACAUCAGAAAGACAGGAAUUUGUAUUAGGCCUUUAGGUUUUGGGGGGAAAUUCAAUUUUGGCUGAAGGGGUUUCUCAAUUUUCCCUUUCAGGAAGGUGUAGAGUUCUUUAUUUAUAGCAAAUUUUGAAAUAAACUCCCCAUGUUCUGCUUCAUUACGGCAUGAAUAUUUUAUUUAUUUUGGGUAUAAGACGUAUUUGUAAACCAGAUUUAUUUAUCAGUUAAUCAAUUUCAUCAUAGAUAAUUUAUUAAACCA